AUGACCAGCGCUGGGUCAAUAAAUAGCAUAGGGCUCGCGUGCUUGUUCGACGCCCACGCGCUUCGAUGGCGACUCGUGAAGCUGCGACACGAAGGGCCAGGCGGAACCGCUGACCGGGACGCGUGCAGCCGGCGCAGCAGGUGGCAUGAUGACUGCUCUUCGGAAGAGCCGCGCUGCGCGGAGAGACUGUGGACCACGGACGACAUGCCGCGCCUUGACAUGGACGAAACGGAUGAACCGCCGCGCCGUCACGCGCACGAUCCGUCGCGCGCGGAGACCUGGGCAAGAGGUUCUGACUCCUCCCUUUCCCACCCGCCACCUUCGCCCUCGCCACCACCGCCUGCACUCGCGGGCGGAGCAGAUUCAGAUGUGGGAGCAGCAGCAACGGACUCGACAGCAACAGCAGCAGAAGCAGCGGCAGAGGGGCGGUAUGCAGCCCCGUUCCUAGUGGAUGAGCUGAUGGGCAAGGAGCAGCUGAGGCGCGUGACGACGAUAAAGGACUGGGGCUACUACUACUGCAGCCACAACUGCGACGACCCCGAAUCGUCUCGCCCCGAAAUCGACCCGGAUUAUGUCUCGCCCCUUCCGCCCCUGGAUGCCUUGCGCUCGCGUCUCGAGCAGCUGCUGUCGCGACGCCCGCAGCACGUGAGCGCGCUUCACAUGCCCGUGACUGUCGACUUCUGCUCAGGCUGGACGUGGCAGAUUAGGGAAAUGAUGGGCUUGGCGCGCUCAUGCGUGAACCUGCGGUCGCUGCACCUUGUCUCUGAGCCGCCAAGACACGCCUCGUGCCCGAUCCACCUGGACAAUCCCAGCGAUUGGGGAUGGAAGAAGCAAGCUCAGGCGGAGCAGAUGAGGGAGCUUGUAACGAGUUGUCCGCAGCUACGCUCACUGCACUUCAUCCUCGGUAGCAACAACUACCUCACAAUGAGUGAAGACGUAGCUGCCUUGCUCUCCCGUCUCGGACACCUCUCCCUGCCUCUCUCCGACCUCCCGCCUUACCUCCUGCCCCACCUCUCCUCCCUCCGCUCCCUCCGUCUCUCCCUCUCUGCUCCCCACCAUCCCCUCCUCUCCGCUCGUCCCUUCCACUCUCUCUCCCGCCUCUCCCUCCUCCACCUCUCCCUUGGAACCCCCACCACCCCUCUUUCUGAGCCUCUCUCGCCGGACCUGUUUGCUGGGCUCGGACCGAGCCUGUCGUCCUUGACGUUCCUAGUGUGUACAAAGCCAACAGGGGCGGAGGGGAAGAGGAGGAAAAGGCGUGGUGAGAGGGCGCAGGGGGCAGGGGGUAGGGGUGGGGGGAUAGAAGAAAGUGUGGGAGGAAGAGGGGAGGAGGAGGAGGGAGGCGGAUGGGUGGGGGACGCGUGGGGAGGGGAGGACUCGGUGGUGGGGUGGCUGCCUGCCUCGCUGUGGUCGCUCACGCGCCUGCAGCAGCUCACCACCAACGUGGGAGGCGAGUGGCACUGCACGGGCCUCAACGCCCUCUUCGCCCCCCACGAUUCUACCCACCCGCACCAGUGCCACCGGCAGUGCCUAACCUCCCUCCCCAACCUGACCUCUCUCUCCCUCCUCGCUCACUGCACCUUCCCUCCAUGCCUCUCCUCCCUCUCCUCCCUCACUCUCCUCUCCAUCCCCCUCGCCUCCCCUCUCCAAACUCCCGCUUCUCUCGCGCUCUUCUCCCACUGGCCCCGUUUGUCUCAUCUGCACGUCAAUGGUGAGGGUUCCGCCGAACCAACAUUUUUCCACACCGAACCUGCAUCUGGUCACACCGAACCUGCAUCUGGUCACACCGAACCUCCCCUGUGCCCCGAAGCAGCCCCUUCAUCAGCCUCCCUCCGCCACGUCACUCUCACGGGGAGAGCAGGCGUCAUCCCAUUGGCGGUGUGGGGGCGGCUGUGCCCUCAGCUGCAGUCGCUCAAGAUCCACGGCUCUCCUUUCGUGGCCGUGCAAGGAUGGGGGGAGGCAUCUGGGGAGGCGAGGGUGGAGGGGGAUGUAGGGAAGGGCGCAUGUGGUGCAGCAGCUGCGUGCUUCUUCCCUUUCCUUGAAGAGCUUGUGCUCCACAAUGUGAGCAGCCAUGCGGGCUCUCACACAGGGCAAGGGCACUCAAGACCAGAGCACACUGGCCCGCAGCAACCGCAGCACACGCUCGCAUUCAUGGGCGUGCUGCCACGCCUGACCCACCUGGCCAUCCAUGACACCCGAUGGCCUUCCCAUCCCCAAAUGCACGCACCCACCAUCCUGCCGCACCUCCUCCCCAACCUCACCUUCCUGCGGAUCCACUCCCCCCCACGUGCCCCCCUGCCCGUGCUGCCCCACCUGCGCACGCUCAUAGUGGGGUCCUACCCGCACUCCUCGCGCUUCCUCGCGUCGCUCGCCCUCUUCCCCGCCCUCACUGCCCUCCGCAUCUUCAACCUCUCCAUGCACAACUACCACUCCGCCCUCUCCUGCCCUCCCCACCUCACAUCGCUCCAAAUCUGCCAAUCCCACACUCCCCUCCUCCCUGACUGCCUCCGCCUCUUCUCCUCCCUCACUCGCCUCCACCUCUUCCAGUGUACCCCGCUCCGCGCCCUCCCCUCCUUCCUCUCCACCUUCUCCUCCCUCACUCACUUCUCCUUCAACCGUGGCUACUACCCUGUCGUGGUGCCUGUGGGGCUCCAAGGGUAUCUGCAGGGGAGAGGCUGGGCGCGAGAGCAGGAGGAAGAGCAGAAAACGAAGGGGAAACCGAAGAAGAAAAGGGAGAUUGAGGAGGAGAGGAAGAGGAAGAUGAGAUUUCAGAGUGUUUUUGAGGGAUCGGUGUUGAGUGAGGUGCAGAAGGAGGAACAGAGGGAGUGGUGGCGACAGGUGGGGAGGAAAGAGGAAGAGCAGUGGGAGUGGAGAUGUGAGGGUGUAAGAGGAGAGGGGCAGGACGCGCAGCAGCAGCAGCAGCAGCUGCAGCAGCAACAGCAGCAGGAGGAGGAAGAGUGGCGGCAGGAGGCGGAGCAGGGAGGGGAGUUGGUGCAAGGGGUACAGGAGGUGGAGCAGAGGUGCUACAGCAGCGGCAGAACAGCAGCAGCAGCAGCAGCAGCAGCAGCAGCAGCAGCAGCAGCAGCAGCAGCAGCAGCAGCAGCAGCAGCAGCAGCAGCAGCAGCAGCAGCAGCAGCAGCAGCAGCAGCAGCAGCAGCAGCAGCAGCAGCAGCAGCAGCAGCAGCAGCAGCAGCAGCAGCAGCAGCAGCAGCAGCAGCAGCAGCAGCAGCAGCAGCAGCAGCAGCAGCAGCAGCAGCAGCAGCAGCAGCAGCAGCAGCAGCAGCAGCAGCAGCAGCAGCAGGAGCAGGAGCAGGAGCAGCUGCAGCAGCAGCAGCAGCAGCAGCAGCAGCAACAGCAGCAGCAGCAGCAGCAGCAGCAGCAGCAGCAGCAGCAGCAGCAGCAGUAGCAGCAGCAGCAGCAGUAGCAGCAGCAGCAGCAGUAGCAGCAGCACUCACGGAAGCAGCAGUGCCGACAGCAGCAGCACGCAGCUACCAUGGGAGCGGUCACAGCAGGAUAAGCCACCACGAGACGAGAGCUGCAGCAGCAGCAGCAGCAGGUGUCAACGGUUCUCCUCUCUUCUCCUCCGCGUGGCUCACCUCUGACUCUCCCUUCUGGGUCAUCCACUCCUCCCCCACCUCCCCCUUCUCCCUGCUAACCUCCUCCCGCCCUCACUUCACCCUCCCCCCUCCCAUCACCCCCUGCUCCCUCUCCUCCUGCUUCACCCACUAUAUAAACAACGAGGAACACCUCUCCCCCGUCUGGUUCGCCUCGCUCCCCUCCCCCUCCUCCCUCGCGCACACCCUCGCCCACUACCCCAACCUCGCUACGCUCGCCCUUCCCCUCGUCUCCACCACGGCCUGCCCCCUCCGCCCCUCCCAUCUGCGCUCGCUGCUCGCUGCUGCUGCUGCUCUCCCUGCUCUCACCUCCCUCUCCUUGCUCCUGGAGCUCGGCUUCUUACCUGAAUACAGGUGCGGAUAUGGGCGGCAGGACUGGCAGGACGACUGGUGGGAGGCUGCUGGAACGGAGGCAAACCAGGAGAUGGAGAGGGGGCUGUUUGCCGUGCUGAAGAGAUGCCGGGGACUCAAGCAGCUGCACCUUCAAGGGGAGACCCUCACGAACCGCCUCAAACUCCCUGACUCACUCUUCCUCCGCUGCCCACAACUCACCGCCCUCUCCCUCCCUCUCUCCCGCCUCCCCUCCUCCCUCCUCCUCCUCUCGCGCCUCACCUCCCUCGCCCUCGCCCUCCCAGCAGAAUCCAUGCCUCCACAGCUCUCCCUCCCCUCCCCCUUCGCCCACCUCCGCUCCCUCCACUCGCUCGCCCUGCACGUCCCAAGCACCCUCAGCCGCUUCUACCACCCUGAGGAGGGCAGCAGCUGGAGCAGCGUCUCUGGCGACCUGCUGCUGGGGCUGCCCUCGUGCCUCUCCGCCCUCUCCCUGCACCUCCCCAUCUCCACCAUGCCCUCUUCCUUCUCCUGCCUCACUUCCCUCACUCGCCUCGACACCAACCUCUGGAUUCCGGGACUGGAUGAUGAUGAUGAGGAGGAAGGGGUGGGAGCGGAGGAGGAUGAGGAGGAGGAGGGGGAGGAGGAAAGGGUGGGAGAGGAUGAUGGUCAUGAUGGUGAUAAGGAGGAGGAGGAGCGGAGCAACGGGUUUGCCAACGCAGGCACUGAUGAGAGACUGCUGCCUUUCUGCAACCUCACCUCCCUCUCUCUCUCCCACUACCGAUCCUUCCCCUCUCUCAUUCCCCAUCUCACCGGCCUCACUUCCCUCUCCCUCCCAUCCCUCUACUGCGCAAUCGACCUCUCUCGCCUCACUCGCCUGGAGGACCUCUUCCUCUGCUGCGACAGCCGCUGCGAGAGUGGUGAAUGGUGGGCGCCUGUGUUUCCCAAGCUCAAGGUGCUUCAGCUGCUGGCCAACUCAGGCCCCUCUUCCUAUGUCGAGAUGUCGCUCUUCCCUGCCCUCGAACACAUGGCACUAGCUGGCAAUCGUUACGUGGCCUGGGAGGUGGAGAGUGGCUUCUCUGCCAACCUGCGCUUCCUGCACUUGGACUGUGCAAAGCUGUCGGGGUUUGAGAGUGAACCUCAGCUGACGCAGCUGACGGCGCUCACCACUCUGGUGGUGGACAACGCUGACUGCCGGGACUUCCUUGCAUGCCUCUCCUGCUUCUCCUCCCUGCACACCCUCCGCCUCUCCAACAUCAACAGAGGCUGCUCUCAGCCCUAUCUUACGUGCCCGCCUCGCCUCUCCACGCUUCAAAUCUGUCGCUGUGACCUGCCGCACCUCCCAUCCUCGCUGCUCAAAUUCUCCCGCCUCACUCGUCUCGACCUCCUCCACUGGCGCCGCUUGCACUCUCUCCCGCCUUUCCUCUCCACCUUCACGUCGCUCCGCCAUUUCAGACUCACCUCCGAUGGCCCCAUGCCCCGAGUGCCUCCGUGCGUGGAAGAAUUUCUCAAGGGCAGGGAAUGGUACAACCAUUCUCCUUGUGAUGGCAGCUUUGAGGAUUGA